GCGGCUGUAAUGGCAGCAGAUCUAGAUGUCAUCAAUUUGUUUAUCAUUGCUGGAGCCACACUAGCCAUCCCCAUCAUGGCUUUUGCUGCUUCUUUCCUUUUUUGGCCUUCAACGCUCAUUAAAGUUUAUUAUUGGUACUGGAGGAGAACUCUGGGUUUGCAGGUGCGGUUUGCAGACUGUGGUGGAUAUCGCUUCUGUUACUCAUAUAGAGGAAAGCCUGGAAUGAGACCAAGUAUUUUAAUGUUGCAUGGUCUGUCUGCGCAUAAGGACUCGUGGCUUACUGUUGUCAAGUAUCUUCCAAAGCAUCUGCACAUAGUGUGUGUAGAUAUGCCAGGCCACGAAGGCACAACUCGAACCAACGCAGAUGACUACUCAAUUGAGGGGCAGGCCAGAAGAAUUCAUCAGUUUGUGGAAGCCAUUCGUUUGAACAGGAAACCUUUUCACAUUGUUGGAACCUCAAUGGGGGGAAAUAUUGCAGGAGUUUUUGCAGCAUUUUAUCCUACAGAAAUAUGCAGCAUGACCCUAAUAUGCCCAGAUGGAAUAAGACACCUUUGUGAAACCAAAUUUGACAAUCAUCUGCAGGACCUGGAGCACAGUAAUUUCACACUAAACAUCCCACUCAUCCCAACUACACCAGAAGAGAUGGAAGACAUGUUCAAACUUUGUUCCCAUGUUCGUUUUAAAAUACCACAACAGAUUCUGCAAGGAUUAGUAGAUGUCCAAGAGCCCCAUAAUGAAUUUUACCAAGAAGUUUUUAUGGAGAUAGUUGGUGAAAAAUCAAGAUAUGCCUUACAAGAAAACUUGCAUCUGAUCACAGCACCCUUGCAAGUUAUAUGGGGAAAACAAGACCAGGUGGUGGACGUGUCUGGAGCCACAGUGAUAAAAGAAAUAUUGCCUGGAUGCAGAAUAGACUUACUGGACAACUGUGGACACUCAGUGGUGAUGGAGAGACCUUCUAGGACAGCCAAGCUCAUUCUGGAGUUUAUCAUCCAACAACAAGACGCCAGAGGGGGCACUAAGAAGUCGUCCUAAAAGAAAUAGAACACACAAACUUGAAAAA